AUGGCUUCUAAGGAGCAAGUUUGCUCAGACAGAGCGGAAAAAUGGCCGUUUUAUAGAGUACGCUCAAAUCUUGAGAGACGUCAGCUUGAAACAGUAGAUGUUUUUGUAGGUAGAAUUAAAGAAAAAGAGACUAAAUUGAUAAUUAAAUUUAUUGAAGAAUGUUUACCUUGUGAAACAUUGGAUCUUUCGUAUUUAAAGCGGUUAAGAAAAAUAAAUGGAAAUGAGGGGAAUAAUAUGUUAGAAGUGAUUCUUCAUAGUACAAGAGGGUUAAGUUUUGAAGAACUUGAAAAGAAGCUAAAAGAACGCUCAAUAAAUAUGGAAGUUCGAAUAGUUCAAGUGUCUAAGUAUGCACCGUUAACAUAUGAGCAAUUUCAUGCAUGGAAAGUUUUGUGGCCGCUUCAUUUUAGGAAAAAUAUAUUAAAAUUGGCUGAAUUUACAGAUACAACAAUUUUAAAAUUGAAAGAGUUAAUGAAUCAUACAUGGGAUCUUGCGAAUAAAAGCAAGGAAAUAAAAAUUGCAUCAAUUUUUGUUAACAUGGAUUUGAAUGUGGUUGUAAGCAGUAUCGAUUUGAGAUUAUCAUCUAAAAAUCCUCUAAAACACUCUAUUAUCAAUUGUAUUACAGAAAUUGGUAAAAUGCUAGAAAAGCAAGGAAUGCUUAUUACAAAAGGUUUUUUUUAUUUAUGUAAAGAUUUAAUAGUAAUAACUACACAUGAACCAUGUGUAAUGUGUUGUAUGGCGAUGGUACACAGUCGUAUUUUUCGGAUAUUUUAUUCAAUUAAUAUGCCAAAAACAGGCGGCCUUGAAAGCAAUUAUCAUAUUCAUGGAAGAAAUGAACUAAAUCAUCGAUAUGAAGUAUAUGGUGGAUUUAUUGUUGAAAACAUGCAAUUUAUAAUAGACGAAAAAAUACAUGUAUAG